CUAAUAUGAUGAAAUGCGCGUCCUUUAUCUCCAAGCCUUACAGCAAGUUGAUAAGACGUCUUACAUUUCAUCAGUCGAGAAACAUGGCGGAGAAGAGUAACAUGACAAGACAAAUCGUGAAGGAAGGAUACACUGAUGGGGCCCAUUACGACAAAUUUAGACCUGACUACACACCGGAAACAACGUCAGAAAUUGUGCGCAUGCUCACUGUUGAUUAUGAGGCUAAUUCAGGUGAAAGAUGUGAUAUUCUUGAACUAGGAGCAGGAACGGGGAAGCUUACAUCGCACUUGCACAAACAACUGCCAUCUGACUUGAAAUUUGUAGCCACUGAACCGAUGGAAGGAUUUUUGAAAACCCUGAGAGAGCAAUGCCCGGAUGUGACCUCGACCCAGUGCGCCGCCACAUCUUUGCCAUUUCCUGAUAACUCGAUUCAGAGCGUUGUGGCAGCUCAGUGUUUUCAUUGGUUCGCUAACGAGACUUCAAUGAGAGAAAUAACCAGGGUCCUGAAGCCCAAUGGCAAUUUCAUUCUAGUGUGGAACAUACAAGACGUAAGUGUUGACUGGGUUGACGCAGUCACCAAAAAAGCACUGACCUUCUUCGGUGAUGAACCACAGUAUCUCAAGUUUUGGUGGAAAGACGCAAUAGAUGCCUUUCCUGGGCUUAGACUUAAAAUCAGGAAGAAGCUGAACUAUCCUACUGCGGAGUACACAAUAGAGGACUUGAAAACUUUCCAUUCUACACUGUCGGCCUUCGCCCGAAUGUCACCAGGAGAUAAAGAAGAAGCCCUGGGGGAGAUAGAGAAGGUGGUGAGGACUCAUCCAGCCACAGCCGGCAAAACAGUCCUCCAGUACCCUAGAAUCGUUGAUUUGUUGCAAUAUGUUAAACAAUGAAGAAUUAUAUACAGUCAAACCUCGUUAACUCGAAGUCGAUGGGACCACGAAAAUACUUCGAGUUAUCCGAGUCUUCGAGAUAGCCGAGUUCAUGAGUUUGGGUGCAAAGAUUUUUAAUGUUCCUGACGUUCCUUGUACUUUUUGUCACUUUUUGGCUAUAUACGAGCUUGAUGUAGAUUCCGGUAAUAAGCAAACAUAUUUUGUUCUUGAUCGUUGAAAAACCAGAAUUGAUAAUUAAAUUAGGUGCAGUUUGCUUAUUAUUUAGAAACCAUCAAUUUCGUUCUGUCAGUCCUUUUUAAUUAACGAGAACUAGAUUAGCCUACAUGUCAACACGAGUCUAGGCUACAUAAAUAACGAUGAUACGGAAAUCAACAUUCACAAUUUAAUAAUUUGACAUUAAUUAAACACAUAAUACAAACAAAAUAGAACCAAAUCUAACAUUUUAAGAAACACAUACAAUGUGAAAAACUUACGAUAUCAUUCUAAACAGCACUACAUAUGACCGAC